AUGCCGCAGGCGGCAGGGGAGGAGCUAAUUCGUGACAAUUUUAUGCUUCAGACCCUAUGGAUUGAGCUGAAGGACAGCCAUCGUGCCUUUUUCGGUACGCUAGUCUGUGUGGAUACGCAUGGCAAUGCGAUUCUCCAGGAUGUCACAGAGUACCACAUGGAGCCAGACAAAUCGCCCAGGGAAGAGCGAUGCAUGCCACUGCUUAUGAUCCCGGGAAAACACAUUGAGCGUGUGGCCAAGCCGAGAGAGACUCAGCCCCGCUCUACGCUACGAGAUAUGGAUGUAUAUAUGUAA